AUGUUUAGUUCACCAUCGUUAAAAUCAACUUCAUCAUACUCUAAUUUAAGAAAAAACCGAAUAGGCUCUACAUCAAGCUCAACUUCAACUACCAGAAGUAGCUCACCUGUACGAUCUAGAUCAUCUGAUAUUUUUGCUAUACCUGGGAGAAUUCGUAUUAGGAAAACCAAUCAUGGUAAUCUCAAUAACGAUUCCUAUAAUGGUACAAUCUCAGUUUCAAUAAGAACAAAACCAGUUGGGAUAAAUGAAAAGUGUAAUUGGUAUGUUGAAACAGAAAAUAAAACAAUUAUACAUACUGAUAUUGGUGAGUACACUUAUGAUAAUGUAUUCCAUCCAGAUGCAAGUAAUUUUGAUGUCUACGCAGCUACUUGUAAACCAUUGAUUGAUAAGCUAUUUGAUGGAUUCAAUUCCACAGUGUUUGCAUAUGGUAUGACUGGGUCUGGUAAAACUUAUACAAUGAGUGGUGUAGAUGGAAAUGCUGGGUUGAUCCCUUUGUCAGUUGCAUAUAUGUAUUCAAAGAUUUUUGAUAGUACAAUUCAUGAAAACAAAAAGUACGAUACAUUGGUAUCGUAUCUUGAAAUUUAUAAUGAAAAAAUAUAUGAUCUUCUAGAGACUGAUUUCGAUCCUAAACCAUUAAGGAGCUCAAUAGCUGUACCAGAAUUAAAAAUUAGAGAUGACCCAAAUUAUGGAGUACGAGUUAUAGGUCUAACCGAAAAGAGAUGCCAGUCUCAUGAAGAACUACUAAAUUGGAUUAAGCUAGGUGACAAGCAUCGGAAAACAAGCUCAACUGAUUUUAAUACCAGGAGUUCAAGAUCUCAUGCAAUUAUACUAAUCAGAUUAAUUAGCAGCGAUUUAUCAAGUGGUGAAGUAGUGACUAGUACAUUAUCUUUAUGUGAUUUAGCUGGCUCUGAAAGAGUCACUGCUCAGCAUGAGAGGCGCCAAGAAGGUUCCUUUAUCAACAAAUCACUGCUAGCUUUAGGUACUGUGAUUUCUAAAUUGAGUGCAGAAGUUAAUAAUUCUACCGAGAGCGUUAAUAACAGCCAUAUUCCUUAUCGUGAUUCCAAAUUAACCAGAAUUUUACAACCUGCUCUAAGUGGUAACAGCAUUGUAACAACAAUAUGUACCAUAGAUACAUCGGUCGAUGCAACAAAUGAAUCUGUAAACACUUUAAGGUUUGCAUCUAGAGCUAAAAAUGUUUCACUUCAUGUUGUCAAAAAAUCUUCCAUAUCAGCAUAUGACGCAAAUGAUCAAAAGGAUAGAAUCAUAGAAAGUUUAGUUCAACAACUCCAAGAACAAAAGAUCAAAAUUGAAGCAAUGGAGAAUAACUAUAAUAUAAAUAGUUUUGGUGAUAACGAGACAAUAACAUCAAGUUAUGACCCAAGUGUCGCAUUGCUAGAAAAUGAAAACAAAAUACUGAGAUACAAACUUGAACAUUGCGAAAGAUUAUUAGACAAGGAUACUAACGAACUCCAUGAUAAAGAAAUUGCAAAUAUUGCUGACAUUUUACCACUGGAAAUCGGUAUGUUGUUAGAGACUAAGUUUCAAGGAUUAGAAUCUCAAAUCCGUGAGUUUAAAAAUUACACUGACAACUUGGAGAAGGAAAUAAUGGAAAAGAAUACAAAUAAAAAGAGGAUUUUAUCUACAUCGAGUGAUUUAUCAAUGAAAGAUAUUGAUGAUUGUGAGACAGAAAAGUUAGAUAGUAUAAAUCCAAAGGAUGCUGAGAUAGCCGAACUAAAAAAAACUUUAGAGAGAAAGGACAAAUUAAUUGAUGCAUUACAAAGCGCAAGACGUUUAAGAGAGAGAGCAUUGCAGCCUUUAUAUGGCAAUAACUCGGAAUUGGAUUUAGAAUACACUAAUAAAUAA